ACCGUUUUGUAAGUGACGACAGCUUCCUGUUCUCUGUGAUUUGGGACACGUCUAACAUCUAAAGCCGAUUCUACCAACUCGCUAACAGAGAUGUCCAAUUCGGUGCUGUCGGUGAUCUCCCGGUUUUUGGAGGAGUACCUGAGCUCCACGCCGACCAAACUGAAGAUGUGCGAUGCGUACCUGCUGUAUAUUCUGCUCACCGGCGUCAUGCAGUUUUUGUACUGUUUGUUGGUCGGUACAUUCCCCUUUAACUCCUUCUUGUCCGGCUUUAUCUCCUGCGUGGGCUCCUUCAUCCUAGCAGUGUGUCUGCGUAUUCAGAUCAACCCUCAAAAUAAGUCAGAGUUUUUGGGAAUCUCCCCGGAAAGAGCUUUUGCAGACUUUCUGUUUGCUCAUACAGUACUGCACCUUGUCGUCAUCAACUUCAUUGGCUGAAAAGUGCAUUUCCUACACAAACCCCAG